AUGAUCAGUUUCUGGUUGUUGCUACAACAAUUGGCACUCCUCAUACUAAUCAUUACUACUGAUGCUCUUAAUAAUAACGAAACUGAUCGUGUUUCACUAUUGGCUAUGAAGUCCAAGAUCCUCGACCCUUUUGGUGGGGAAGCUUUGAGGUCAUGGAAUGAGUCUUCCCAUUUCUGCAAUUGGGAAGGUGUGGUCUGCGGUAAAAGGCACAGGAGGGUCACUCUCAUCAAUCUAAGAUCUUUGGGUUUGUCGGGCACCUUGUCUCCUCAUGUAGGAAAUCUCACCUUUCUUAGACACCUGUUGCUAUCCAACAAUACUUUCCAUGGGGAAAUCCCAAAUGAAAUAGGUGGCUUGUACAUGCUGAAAAUAUUGGUGCUCGACAGGAACAGUUUCCAGGGCAGGAUUCCUGCCAGCCUGUCGCGCUGCUCUAAUCUCAUGAAUAUAUCGAUUGGGUUCAAUAAUCUGGUGGGAACCAUCCCCGAAGAAUUUAGCUCCUUGUCAAUGCUCAAAUCGAUCAUCGUACAUGAAAACAAUUUAACCGGAGGAAUUCCAAAAUCUCUGGGCAAUAUCACUUCUCUUGAAGUAUUCUCUGCUGGAGGUAAUCUCUUUGGUGGAACUAUUCCAAAUAACUUGGGGCAAUUAAAGAACCUCGUACAACUUGGAUUGGGUGGUAAUUAUCUUCCGCCCUACUUUGGCAACAUGUUCCCACGUUUGGAAUGGCUUGAACUCCAUGUUAACAACUUUACCGGACAACUUCCAAAUUCAAUAGGAAAUCUUACCAAAUCUACAAUUCUAGAAUUUUCCAGGAACAAAUUCAGUGGAAAACUGACAGUUGAUUUCAGCAAACUAGUGAACUUGGAAUGGCUUAAUUUAAAUUUUAACAAUUUAGGGGAUUUUGACGAAAUGCAUUUCCUUAAGUCACUUACUAAUUGCAGCAGUUUGGAACUAUUGAGCGCAGCUUACAACCAUUUUAGAGGAGUCCUCCCCGAUAUUGUUGGGAAUCUAUCAUCAAAUAUGCAACAAUUAUACCUUUAUGGAAAUCAACUGCAAGGUAGGAUUCCUCCAACCAUCGGAAACCUUGUUAACUUGUCUUUGUUAGCCUUGAGUAUUAACAGAUUCACUGGGCCGAUACCUAGUACCAUAGGUAAACUUCAAAAGUUGCAGAGACUUGCCCUCCAAGAAAAUCAGCUUUCGGGUACUAUUCCUGAUUCAAUUGGGAAUCUUUCUUUGGUGAAUGAGCUCUCUUUAAGUAACAAUAACCUAGAGGGGACGAUACCUUCCAGUUUUGGCAACUGCAAAAGAUUAAUAUCAUUGGAUCUUGACCAAAACAACUUGAGUGGAACCAUUCCCAAAGAGCUUUUCCAAAUUUCAUCUCUAUCAAUUUUGCUCGACUUAUCUCACAAUCAUCUGUCCGGCCCACUUCCUUCAGAGAUUGGAGAACUCAAAAGUUUGGUGGCCUUAGACAUAUCAAACAAUAAUGACUUGUCCGGCAAGAUUCCUACUAGUAUAAGCAGUUGUACCAGCCUCGAAUUCCUACUCUUGCAAGGAAACAUGCUCCAAGGAUCUAUUCCCAACUCGAUGGAAUUCAUGAGAGGACUUCAAUUUCUUGACCUGUCGAGCAAUAAUCUAUCGGGACAAAUCCCAACUUUCUUGGAGAAACUUUCCUUGAUCAACCUUAACUUAUCCUUCAAUGAUUUCAAUGGAGAAUUGCCUUUACACGGGGCUUUUGCAAACUCAAGUGCAGUAUCCGUGUAUGGGAACGAUAGACUAUGCGGCGGAAUACCUUCUCUACAACUUCCAAGAUGUCCGGUCAAGAAACUCAAUCGUAACUUCUUCUUUUCAUCCAAACGCAUCUAUGCAGUCGUGGGUGCUUUAAUACUAGGAAUACAAAUCCUAAUUUCAAGUUUGGUGUUUUACUUUUGCAAAAGGAAAAGGGAAUCCACCACUUUGGAAUUGUUGCCCAAGGAGUUUUUCGUGCAAAUAUCCUACGGCGAGCUCCUCAAUGCAACAAAUGGGUUCUCUUCCAGCAAUUUGAUUGGUGUUGGCGAUUUUGGCUUUGUCUACAGAGGAGUUCUUGAUCAGAUUGGAGAUGUUGCGAUCAAAGUACUUAACCUUGUAAACCCAGGUGCCACGAGGAGCUUCAUUGCAGAAUGUAAAGCGUUAAAGAACAUUAGACACCUGAACCUUGUCAAGAUCGUAACAUGUUGCUCAAGCAUUGAUUUUCAAGGUAACGAAUUCAAAGCUCUAGUUUACGAACUCAUGAUGAAUGGAAAUUUGGAGAAAUGGCUGCAUCCAUCUCAAGAAACUAAUAGAUCUGAGUUCAAUCUACUCCAGCGUUUAAGAGUUGCGAUUGAUGUGGCUUUUGCACUCGAUUAUCUUCAUUAUCAGUGCGAACCCACGGUUAUUCAUUGUGAUCUGAAACCAAGUAACAUUCUUCUUGACCAACAAAUGGUUGCACAUGUUGGAGAUUUCGGACUGGCCAGACUUUAUCAUCCAGAAAUGGGUAUUUCCCAUCACAGUAGUUCGAUGGGAGUGAUGGGCACAGUCGGAUAUGUAGCACCAGAGUACGGCAUUGGAAGUGAAAUCUCGAUUAAAGGAGAUGUUUAUAGUUACGGGAUUUUGUUGCUAGAGAUGUUAACGGGAAAAAAGCCUACUGAUUUGAUGUUUGUGGAUGGCCUUAACAUUCGUAAUUUUGUUAGUCAAGCAUUGGCGGGAAACGCGAUUGAGCUUGUAAUGGAUCAGGCAAUUUUAAAAAGUGACAUUGUUAUCAGUCAUAGAGACAAUUGUUUGAUCGCAUUAGUGAAGAUUGGGUUGGCUUGCUCGGAAGAAUUACCUCAAAAUAGGAUGUGCAUGACCGAUGUUGUUAGGAAACUGCAAUUUAUCAAAAAGAUCAUGUUCAAGUAAAAGAAAGAGUUCACUCUUAACUUUAAU